AUGUUGAUGAGUUUUCCACAUCAUCAUCAAUCUAAUGAGGUGUUGGUCCAUACCUUCAUUGAAGGAUUGGAGCCUAACACCAAAAUUUUACUUCAUUUAGAUGCAGGUGGUCAGGCUUUAGAGAAGACAUAUGUUGAGUUAUUCACCUUGCUGAACAGGAUCUCACAGGGUAACCCUGAAUGGAACGGAGGAGGGGUGAAAUCGGUGAUACAAAAAACUGCAGGUAUGUUGGAAGUAGAUGGACUGACUACUUUAACUGCACAGAUUGUUGCGAUGCAAAACAUGAUGAACACCCACUUCAACAAUCUAGCAUUGGAACAACAACCCACUCAGGUGAAUACAGUCCAACAACCACCAACUUGGUAUGAAAUAUGUGGAGGUGGUGAUGAGAGUGCAGAGGUAUGUGGUGCAAACCUGGAUUCUGUGAAUUUUAUAGGUCAGAACUAUGGAAACUUGUACAAUCGAAGCCGGCAAAACCCUCCAAAUUUUCUUGGGGUGGUAAUAAAAAUCAGGCUCAAGGCCAAAAUCAAUAUAGACGCCAGGGAAAUGCAUAAGGGUACCAACCAUAGCUCUAAUGGGAGAAGCCAAAUAAGCAGUCUAGCUGAUCAAGCCCAGUUAGCUGCUGAUGGAAGAAACAACCAGUUGGCUAUACAGAAUCAGGAGAAACAAUUCGGGCAGUUUUCUAAGAGUGAACCCAAGGAGAGUGAGGUUGUUGUACAAGAAGAAAGAGUGCAACCAAUAGUGAAACCACCUCAUCCAUUCCCUCAAAAGUUCAAGAAACAGAAGGAGGUUGAAUGUUUUGGUAAUUUUCUCUCUCUUUUGAAACAAGUUCGUAUUAACUUGCCAUUGGUAGAUGUUUUUCAGGGUAUACCUAAGUAUGCUAAAUAUGUGAAGGACAUUGGGGAAAAUAAAAGGAGGCUAACUGAAUAUGAGACAGUUGUACUUACUGAAGAGUGCAUCUCUCGAAUCCAAAAUAACUUGCCCACCAAAUUGAAAGAUCCGGGUAGCUUUAUGGUUCAGAUCAUUAUAGGGCAGAGCAUCCAUGUGCAAGGAUUGUGUGAUCUAGGAGCUAGUAUCAAUUUGAUGGCAACUUUGUUGUACAAAAAGCUGGGGUUGGGUAGUCCUAAACCUACAACCAUCAUCUUACAGUUGCCUAAUAGAUCUGUUGCUAGGCUUGAGGGAAGACCAUUCUUGGCUAUUGGUCGCGCUAUGAUAGAUAGAGCAGCUGGGCAACUCACUAUGUGGGCACAUGAUAAAGUGGAGGUGUUCGACGUGUACAAGGCAUUAAAGCUACCAGCUGUUUAUGAAGAGUUGUCUUCCAUAACUGUGAUAGAUCUUGAGGCAGAGGAUUAA